UUGCGAUCGGUGCGUGGGUUAGGGUUUGCUCUGCUUCGGUUAAUUAGAGGUGGCAGGAAAUGAAAGGAGAACCGAGAGGCGAGACAGUCUACGAGAAGCCAGGCGGACAGAAAAACUCAAUUAGGGUCCUUUAUGCAAUUUAGUUACAAAAUGUUUAUGUUGCCUGCCUUCUGCGGACGCUCGCAGUCGCAUCUGCUAUUGGCGAUUUGGGUCUUCGCCCCCAUUCUUGUGGGUUACUUUCCUUUUUCGAUCGAUUCGAGUAGAGAACGUGAGCCUUCCCUCCGCUAGCUCCAUCACAAUUCCGCUCAUCCAUUGCUCUGCUUCCAAAUCAAUGUUGAAGCUGUGGAGAUGGUAUCAGAACUGCCUCGCCGUUCACCCGGUGAAGACUCAGGUGGUUAGCUCCGGUAUCCUCUGGGGCUUGGGAGACAUCGGAGCUCAGGUGGUUACUCAGAGGACCCUGAGGGAUAAAUCGCAUAACAACAAGGAGGAAAACAAAGAGGUCAAAAUAGACUGGAGAAGAGUGGCUAUCACAAGCAUGUUUGGAUUUGCAUUUGUGGGGCCAGUUGGCCACUACUGGUAUGAAUACUUGGACCGUUCCAUGCGACGGCUUCAAUUGCAACCAAAGUCAUUAAAGUUUGUAACAGCAAAAGUUGCUGCAGAUGGGCUAAUCUUUGGACCACUCGAUCUUCUAAUCUUUUUCUCCUAUAUUGGCUUCGGCUCGGGCAGGAGCAUAGAGCAAGUGAAGGAAGACGUGAAAAGAGAUUUCCUCCCGGCUCUUAUUGUUGGAGGAACAAUCUGGCCUGCUGUCCAAGUUGCAAAUUUUAGAUAUGUUCCUGUCCGAUACCAGCUCCUUUAUGUAAAUUUUUUUUGCUUGUUAGACAGCUCUUUCUUGUCUUGGAUUGAGCAACAAGGGGAUGCUCCUUGGAAGCAGUGGUUUUCAUCCUUCCAUAACUUGGAAAGACCACAAGAGCCAAAAUUGAUAUCUCAGUCCAAUGAGAAAAUGUAACUCCAGACUUCUGGUAACAUCAAGGAGAGAGACCCUUCGCAUCCUUUCCAUGACUUGGAACAUACUGUUGCAUAUUGCGUGACCAAUUGGUGUUUUUUUUUUUUGUUUUGUUAAUAUGAUUCCAUUUACCAGUAGUAAUUGGCAUCCACUUCAUUUUCAUAA